AUGUCGCUCAGCUCUCUCAAAGGCCUGCUGUCCAACUAUUCUCCUGUUUCAACAGAGAAGGAUGACGAGAUCCCCCUCCAGAAUGAAUCAGACCUCGAGUCCGCCAACAGGUCUGACGCCGGGAAUGGGAAUUCUCAGGGACGGAAGAGCUCCAAGGUGAUCGAUGGACGGGUCGUGUCUGACGCCAUCAUCGGUCUUUCGGAUGGGUUGACCGUGCCGUUUGCUCUCACGGCCGGUCUCUCUGCGUUGGGUAGUACCAGGGUCGUUGUCUUUGGCGGUUUGGCAGAACUCAUUGCCGGGGCUAUCUCCAUGGGCCUGGGUGGUUAUUUGGGUGCCAAGAGCGAAGUGGAAUCCUAUCGUGCCACCUUGAAGGAAACCCAAAAUGAGAUCUUUUCAGACCCAGCCGCAGCCUCCAGUAUCAUCUCAGACGUCUUCGCUCAGUACGAACUGCCGCCUCAGCUCGUCUCAAACCUCACCAACCACCUGGCUACGUCGCCCAAGCUUCCCUCGUUCAUCAUGAACUUCCACCACACACUCCAGGAGCCUUCGGGAGCCCGUGCAUUCGUCUGCGCCUUGACCAUCGCCUUGGGCUACUUCAUCGGCGGGUUCAUUCCCCUGGUGCCGUACUUUUUCGUGGGACCGCACGGCGCUUUCAUCGCCCUGCGCUGGUCCAUCGCUAUUAUGGUCGUCGCACUUUUUGUGUUCGGUUACGGCAAAACAUGCUUCGUGAACGGGUGGAAAGGAUCCCGAAAUGUUCGUCGCGGGUUCACGGGUGGCAUGCAAAUGGUUCUGGUGGGGGGCAUCGCUGCGGGUUCAGCGAUGGGCCUGGUGAAGGGAUUCCAGAUGCUGGCUGAUUCCGGUUCUGCGGAGGAGCAAAAAGCCGAGAAUAUUUAA